AUGCUUCAUAGAGCUUUCGGCAUUGACGGCAUCCCAGCCGAGGCGCUACAUGCUGCCCCAGCUGCAGCUGCAGCCGCCUUCUUCCCCGUCAUAAUGAAAUGUGCCCUCCGAAUAGAAGAACCCAUACAGUUCAAGGGAGGUUCACUUUACGCGAUCUGGAAGGGGAAAUCUUCCCCGAGCGCAUGCAGCGCUUAUCGAGGCAUACUCGUGUCUUCGACCGUUGGCAAAGCGUACCAUAAAAUUUUGCGCGCUCGCAAUGUCGGUGCCUUAGAAGCUGCAGCCACCCCGCUGCAGAUAGGCGGACUGCCACGGCGCCCGGUUACGUUAGCCGCGCAGGUAGUGAGGCUGCACCAGGCUUGGAACCGCGACAGCGGCCUCUCGCACGCUGUGAUUUUUCUUGACCUGCGUGAAGCGUUCUACCGCAUUGUUCGGCCUCUUGUCACGGGAUUCCAAGGAUCAGACGAGGAGAUUGCACAUAUCCUUGCCUCUGUGUCCUUGCCACAUGGUGUGAUGCACGACCUGAAGGCACACCUGGAAUCCACGUCUCUCUUCGAGCGAGCCGGCUCGUCACCCUGGACCGCGGCGGCAACCUGUGAAGCGCUGCAACAUACCUGGUUCCGUUUUGAACAGGGUGAGCUGGUUACCGAGACGGGUAUUGGCACCAGGCCAGGUGACAAUCUGGCGGACCUCAUAUUCAGCUUUGUCUUCGCCAGAGUCCUCCAACAGGUUAGGGCCAAGGUUGAGGCUACGUGUGGUCUAGUCCAGAUACCAUGGCACCCGAUGAUGAUGGCCAAUGUUCUCCAUCCACCUGAGCCUCCUACCUCGCUGCUUUCCCUGCUCGACUGCACCUGGAUGGAUGACUCGGCCCUGGUCAUACAAGCCCAAACGGCUUCGGGGCUAGCUGAGCAAGUAGCUUCCACGACAGGAGCCCUGUUGGAUAGCUGCCUGGGGCGAGCGCUCUUGCCCAACCUCGAUAAGGGCAAAACUGAAGCGGUCGUUACAGUUGUGGGUCCGGGUUCACGUAAGUGCCGAGCUCACAUGUUCCGAGCGGAUCCGCCCACCAUGCAGGUUGAUAGCGCUCUUUGGCCUCACGCCGAAGUACGUUUGGUUGCCGAGUACAGACACCUAGGUGGGACUGUGCACCACUCGGGCACCAUGACACGGGAGAUCAAACAUAGGGUCGCCAUGGCUUGGGCUGCCUUCAAUAAAAGGCGUAAGAAGAUCUUUGCCUCGCCGAUAGUGUGUCAAUCCGACAAGGCCACACUUUUUGAGUCUCUAGUGCUCUCAGUCUUGCUGUUUGGUGCUGGCACGUGGGGCACACUACCCCGACAGGACCUCGCUAUCAUAUCCACCGCAUACCACCAUAUGGCCGCCUCCAUGCUCCGACCUAGAUAUAAGGUUGAGGAAGCUAGACACCUGGGGUCCAGCCGGAUUCUUGUUUUAGCAGGUCUGCCGAGCAUUGAGACUCUCCUUCACAUGGCGCGCCUGCGACACCUUCAGUCAUGUGUUUCGGUGGCGGCACCUGAGUUUUGGGCCCUGGUCCAUAAAGAGCAGCACUGGUUGCGUGCCGUCCAGUCUUCCCUUAGCUGGCUUUGGGAAUUAGAAAGGCCAGCUCCAGAUGCCUCCCAAUGGGAGGACCAAUGGCUCAGCUGGAGGGGCCUCAUGUGCGCUCAGCCGGGCGUUUGGAAGCGGAUGCUUAAGAGGACCCAAGCUAGAGCCACGCAUCGGGAGUCCUGGGACUCAGCCUGCAAGUACCACCGGGGCCUUCUUGGCCGACAGUUGCGACUUGCUGGGGGCGCACUCAUUGCUGAUGUGGACAACUCGAUAGAAUGGUAUGUCGACAUCGCCUUUGUGCCUCGGGAUAUAGCUGUCAAGCAGAGCCGGGGCAAGGCAGUACCCGCGCUGAGGAUCAAGGCUCAGGGACCCCCUUGUCGUCUCAGCGAUCUACCGUGGAUAGAUGAACCGGACCGCCCCAUCGCCGAAGUGUUGGACUGCCUUGACCAGAUAGGCUAUGACCUCGGGGAUGGCACAGAUGCUCAGCUCUGGCAGAGGUUGCGGGAGGCCUUUUCUUGUGUUUGCGCCGAUACAGAGCGGUUGAGGCUUACCGCGACGCACUAUCGUACCUCUUUAGCAGUCCGAGAGCACCCACCGGCUCUGUCUCGCCGUUUGUUCGACGCGCUGGGAUGGAUUGUUGAAGCUGAUCUGGCUGAGUGGCUAGUUCCUAGUCCUGCGCUAGAUGAGACGCAACCUGCCACCUUUCGCGAUGGGGAUGAUGUUCUGCGUGACCUUGAAGUGUCUGACAUUGCUUUCCCCCUGGUUCGAUCGGCGGAGCCGGAGCAGACCUGGGUCUUCGUUGGCCCUGCAGACUGGUGGAACUCCCCCACUUUCUUUGAUGGGCCUUUUCGUUCCGUGCGGUUCGAGAUCAACGUCGGGGAGUGGCAUGGAUUUCUGACCCCCCCUGUGUUCAGUGGCCCUUCAAAGGUCUUCAAGGCUCUCCUUUUACGUGAAACCUUUGGCAGCGACCUUGUACGCUUUGCCCUCAGGCUGUGGGGUCUGGGCGUAUACGCUCGCUUGUGGCACUCUGCGGACUCUCUCAGUUCUCUGAACCCGCUUCCAGAUAUCAGGGCAAUUGAGCAAGGUACCGCGGAAGGCAAGGGAUUCCUGGUGCGCUACUGCGCACCCAGGGACUGA